AACCAACACCUCGAAGCCCAACGCAAAUCCUCCAGUCCUCCCACCUUGCGCCCCCAAAUCCGAUCUCUCGUCUCCUCCUCCCCGCUCGAAACAGCCAUGGCGCCCAAGGCCGAGAAGAAGCCCGCCGCGGAGAAGAAGCCGGUGGAGACGGAGAAGAAGCCCAAGGCCGAGAAGCGCGUGCCCGGCAAGGACGGCGGCGCCGACAAGAAGAAGAAGAAGGCCAAGAAGAGCGUCGAGACGUACAAGAUCUACAUCUUCAAGGUGCUCAAGCAGGUGCACCCCGACAUCGGCAUCUCCUCCAAGGCCAUGUCCAUCAUGAACUCCUUCAUCAACGACAUCUUCGAGAAGCUCGCCGGCGAGUCGGCCAAGCUCGCCCGCUACAACAAGAAGCCCACCAUCACCUCCCGGGAGAUCCAGACCGCCGUGCGCCUCGUCCUCCCCGGCGAGCUCGCCAAGCACGCCGUCUCCGAGGGCACCAAGGCCGUCACCAAGUUCACCUCCUCUUAGAUUGCCGUCGCCUGAAUCUCUUAUUCGCUUUGUUCCGAAUGUUCGCAUGUCGUCAAUCAUAGGGGGUUAGAUUCCCCUUUACAGACAGUGUAAAAAUGAGUCAGAUUUGCUAAAUCAAUGAAUCAUUCAGUGGUUGUUACAAA